GAGACCGUUGAGAAGCGUGCGUGUCCCGGCCGGGAUAUGGCGUCUUAUGCUGACGAAAAGCACAUCAAUUAUAUUGUACAGUUUGACGGCUCUGGUCAAGCGGAACGAGUCGACUAUGAGCUUAGUUUGGCCUUAAAUUGAACUGCUUGGACAUCAGAUCGGAACAGGACUGCGGAUUUGAGAUCAUGGAGUUUGUGAACUAUGUCUGUUUAUUCUUAUUAGUGGGUGUUGCUGUUGUAUUUGCUCAGACUGGCGCACCCAAUAUAUGGGGCCAAUCCACAGGAAAUCCCUCCUGGGACCCGAACCCCCACUUUGGCAGUUCUGGAGGGGGAGGAGGAGGGGGAGGGGGCCAACAGUCUAAUAACUGGAGCGCUCAGCAGGGAGGCGGAGGCUGGUCUAGUUCUUCUCAGUCAUCCAAUCCCAUGAUGGAAGCUGCUAGUAUGGCUGCCAUGAUGGGCCUGGCCGGAAUGGGAGGAAAUUCGGGCGGCGGAUCUUUGGGUGGCCUUAAUAAUGCAUUUGGUGCUAUGUCUGGAAUGAUGAAUCCCAUGAACCCAAUGUCGUUAAUGCUGAGCAUGCAAGCGAGAACCAUGGGAGAUAACUUUAACCCAAGUCCACCUGAAGUUGUCUACACGCCAAACCAGUGUCCAUCAUUUACCACGUUUAGACAAUGUCAAAUCAACCCCUGUCCUCUACGGUGUAAGAGAUACCCAGCCGCGAGAUGUGUAACAAAUCCUUGUGGGGGAUGUGCUCCGGAAUGGUAUCAAGCGGGAAACAGAAUAAUUGACUGUGAUUAAAGAAGACACCAAAUCAAUGGACGGGAGGACGUUGUGUGACACACCAAACCAUAAUCUUAUUUAUGCCGAGUCAUUCCAAACCGGCGUCAAUUUCUCACCGUCGUGAUAUUCCUUACAGAGAACUUCAUUUUGUUUUAUUGCUAUUGACUUGGAAUUUUAAAAAAAGGGAUUAUCUCCCCUGGAUAAUCAACGAAACCCUAGAGUUUGAAUCUUUUGACUGUCUUAUAAACAUUAUCUGAAUAUGACUUCUGCUUCUCUUAAAUAUCAAUGCAUAUUAAAUAUGCAAAGGUAUGUUCUAUUAUUCUCUUUUGUUAUAU